AGGGUUUCAAUCUACAAUUGUUUACAAAGAUGACUAUGAAAGUGAAACUACUCAUUAUAAAUUUUUAUGUUUAGGAAAUGAAAAAAUAGCUACUAAAGUUUCUGAUAAUUUUAAACCAAAGUUUAGAGUUAGUUUCGGUCCAAUUGCUACAAACAUGGUGGAAAUUAA